GAGAGAGAGAGAGGGAGAGAGAGAAAGAGAGAGAGAGCGCGGGGCCGCCAUCGCCAUCCACUCGUUCACUCACUCACUCAGAUUUUUCCUGAUGUAAAGCACUUGAGACAAGCAAUAAUGGCAAAAAGAAAGGUUGCUUCCACUUCUAAAGCAUCGAACUUGCAGGCUUCUAAAGCUGCAAGAUCUAAAAAAGAUGAACGAAAUCAAACAAAAAAAGGAAAGCCAAAGCCAAACACUAAAGCCAAAUUGUCAGAUCAAAGGAAGCUACAGUUUUCCCCAGACCUAUCCAGCAUUUUAAGAAAUUCAGAAAGUCAAGAAGAUGAUGAACAAAAUGAUUUUUAUGAUAACCCAUUACACAGCACAGCCGUGUUUUCUGGUGAUUUGGAAGAGAAUGACGAAAAUGAAAAAGGGGAUGAAUAUCUUGCACCAAGUAAUGGACGUGAGAAGUCUAUUCGGCAGCCUGGUGAAAAAGUCAGGACUAAAAAAGGACUUGGCGCCCUUGCUCGCAUAUCUGAAGGUGUGGGAGGAACGGAAAGAGAGAUGGACACAGAAGAUAACAGUGAGGAAUCAAGUGAGAGUAGUUUGGAAACUGCUAAAAAGUCGGAGCUUGAGAGAAAGAAGGUGAAAAACGCAUCCAGUUCACGGGCCAGAAAAGCCUCCAAGCUGUCUAAGGAUGUACCAGCUAGAAAAAGUGCAGGAAAAAUCACCAGUGAUGGGAACCCUGGAAUUCAGCAGAGGGCUGUUAGUGCUGGUGCUAGAAAGAGGUCAUUGGGUAAUACUCGUGCAUCUAUUUCAACACAAAGAAAACGAAGGAAGCAGCAAGAGGGUUCAUCAUCAGACUCCAGAAGGGACUCUCCCCUGACAGAACCUUGCAUGUCGGAGCUUGAGAGAAAGAAGGUGAAAAACGCAUCCAGUUCACGGGCCAGAAAAGCCUCCAAGCUGUCUAAGGAUGUACCAGCUAGAAAAAGUGCAGGAAAAAUCACCAGUGAUGGGAACCCUGGAAUUCAGCAGAGGGCUGUUAGUGCUGGUGCUAGAAAGAGGUCAUUGGGUAAUACUCGUGCAUCUAUUUCAACACAAAGAAAACGAAGGAAGCAGCAAGAGGGUUCAUCAUCAGACUCCAGAAGGGACUCUCCCCUGACAGAACCUUGCAUGGAAAUUUCCCCGAGGAAUAAAGAUGAAACCUCUGGAAAGAAAAAAAAGAAAACCCUAGCCAGAACAUCAAGUGAAUCUGAUGCCUCUCCUGUUCCGUCUACAUCGAGACCUGCUACUCCAGAAGAUGGACCUUUAACCAUGAACAUCUGGUGUCCUGAAGGCAUCAAGAGGUCAUCAAAAGAUGUCACUGAACUGGAUGUAGUCCUCAAUGAUUUUGAGCAGAUUGUUCAAGAAUAUCAGAAGUCUGUGGAAUCUGUCAUUUGCCAAAAAGUAGUCAACAAAUUCUUCAUGAAUUUUAAGGAGCAAGUCAUUGAAACUCUAAAUCAAGUACAAGAUGUGAAGAACAUGGAAAGAAGAAAUGCAAAGGUGACAGCAACCUUCAACAAGACAAGGAAGCACUUCCUAGUUGCUCAAAAGGAAUUAAAUGAGCAGGAAGUCGAACUUAAACGCUUGCAGAAGGAACAUUCAGAACUGAGCCAAAAGAAAGCAGAUUUGCAGAGCGUGAAGCAGUUUCUGUCUGGUUUUAAACAAAUGCACACACAGUACAUUGAACACAGGAAUCAAAACCCAAGUGAGGAAGAAACGUACGAUAUUUCCAGCUUUCCGGCCCUUCUGUUGGAAGCACGAGGAAUUCUGGGAGCUGAGAAACAGCUUCACAUAAUAAACACAAAAUUAGAACAGUCACUGGCCAAGAAGUGAACUGCAUUUUACCAGAGAUCUUCAAAACAGUUGUAGUAUAGAAAAUGAGUGGCGUUACCCAGUCAUUUGUGUACCUUUAUUUAAUUGAUUGAAUGCAAUGCAUCUAACCUUAUAAUGAA